AAGUGUCAAAGCCCUUAGUAUGUCAUAACUUUUUGUAUUUAUAAUAACGUUCCUGAAUAAUUAAUAUUAGCACCGUUAAAUGGCAAAUUUGUUUGGCAACUGAAUAAUAACUCCGUACUCUAAUAUACCUGUAAAUCGUUUCAGUACAUAAAGACUUACGCUGCGAACUUCGAUAAAAUAAUAACAUAUUCGGAUUCGUGUACCGGUCAAAACAGAAAUAUUAAAACCGUCUUAAGUUUGUUGAAAUUUGUUCAAAGAACAGAAAUCAAAGGUGAAUCAAUUGGCAUGAAAUUUUUGGUAAGUGAACACAGCUAUUCGUCAUGUGCGAAAAAAAUCAAAACAUUAUUUCACCAGAUGAUUGGUACCAUAUAAUCAAAACAUGUAAAAAGAAAGCGCCGUUUCAUCUAAUCCAAAUGACUCACCAAGAUUUUUUGCCAACAAAACCUUUAGAACAGUCUAUCAUUAACAGAAAAGUAACCGUCACAGGGCUUCCAGUAAAUUGGCUUAAAAUACGCUGGAUAAAGUUAGAAAGGUCCAAACCCUAUCUCAUACAAUUCAAAUGUGCCGAUAAUGAAGAUACAGAAUUUCAAGCCAUUAAUAUAAGAAAAUCUUUAUUGGGUAGACCGCAAAGUUUGAAAAAUAUAGAUCAGCCUUUAUUAUAUCCUAAAGGUAGCACUGUGACAAAGGAAAAAUGGAGAGACAUGAUGGCCCUGCUAAAAUUCAUUCCUCCUGUUAAACACGAUUACUAUAAGAACUUGUCAACAAAUCGAAAUGACGAACCCUCGCAUACAGCUGAUGAAGAAGACUUUAUUUAUAAUAUUGGUGAAUCACCCCAAAGAAUAAAGAAAAAUAUAUUAUUUUAAUAUAUUCAGGUCGACCUUCUUUUCAAACAUUCUAACAGGAAUUGUUUUCAACACAUCGCUAAAACACUUUGACGCUUGGUAGAUUGCACGUGCACAUAUCCAUAUAUGUAAGUACAGUGAAAUUCCCCAUUACGGACAGUCCUUAUAACCGGACAGCUCCAAUAACCGGACAAAUUUUGGGCACACAGGUUUUUCAUUCAUUUUUUCAUACAAAUAUCAUCCUAAUAAACGGACACUCUAAUAACCGGACGCGGACAAAGUAUUUCAAACCAUUUUCAUUAAAAAAUUUCUCAUAAACGGACAAAAUUCAAAAAUAUCACAAGCAAGCUUUGUUGUUCAUUAUAAAAAUGAAAUAGGUGAUUCCCCUUUUAACAUGUAUGCACACAUUCAAGCCCUGUGUUUUAAAUUAAGAGUAGUUUUCCAUUCAGUUUGUUAAGUCAGUUGUAUACGAAUGGUUGCGUUCAAAGUUCGUAAUAAUAUGGCGCCGAAAAAGAAGGUACUUUCUAUUAAAGAAAAAAUGGAAAUUAUUAAUGUAUUCGAAAAAGAUAAAUUAUCAGUACGUGGAAUUGCAAAAAGGUUCAAUAUUGGCAAAACACAAGCUGCUGAAAUCAAUAAAAAUAAAGAAAAAAUUCGUUCUAAAUGGGAGUCUGGAGUUAAUGUUCAUCAAAAGCGAAGCUUUCUUAAAGAAGGCGGCUCUGAAAUAGACAAGAUGUGUUUUAAUUGGUUCGCUAAGGCUAGAAGUUCAAACAUUCCGAUUUCUGGUCCCAUUUUGAAAGCAAAGGCAAUGGAAAUUGCAGGCAAACUGGGUGUACCUAAUUUUAAUGCUUCAGACGGAUGGUUAAACAAAUGGCGAAUAAGGAAUAAUGUUGCUUUCAAAUGCGUAUCUGGUGAAGCUGCAGAUGUAAACCAGGAUGGUGUCGAACAGUUUAGGACAAAACUGCCAUCUCUGUUGACCGGUUACAAGCCUCAAGACAUUUACAACGCAGACGAAAGUGGGCUUUUUUUUCGUGCCUUACCUGACAAAACCCUCGCUCUUAAAUCAGAAAAAUGCGUAGGCGGUACACUAUCAAAGGAAAAACUCACAAUUUUGUUCUGUGCUAACAUGGCUGGAGAAAAGGAGCUGCUUUUGGUUAUAGGUAAAGCAGCCCGUCCUCGAUCUUUUAAACAUGUUCCAAUCGCAAAACUGCCAGUGGAUUGGAAGUCUAAUAAAAAAGCAUGGAUGACUCGAGAAGUAAUGAGUGAAUGGCUGCAGCAGUUCAAUCGAAGAAUGAAAGCCCAGAAUCGAAAAAUUAUCUUGUUUUUAGAUAACGCGGCUUCUCACCCAAAGGAAUUAAACUUAACCAAUAUAAAAAUUAUUUUCUUGCCGCCAAAUACAACGGCAGUUAGCCAACCCCUUGAUCAAGGUAUAAUCCAAAAUUUUAAAACUUUGUAUAGAAGCUUAGUUUUAAAACACUUGCUAUCUAAAAUUGACAAUAUAAGUUCAGCCUCAGAGCUUUCAAAAUCGAUUAAUGUACUAGAAGCUGUGUAUUUCAUCAAAGCAUCUUGGGAUAAAGUGGAAGCCACAACCGUCCGAAAUUGCUUCCGUAAAGCAGGAUUUUUGGAAACUGAUGAGGAUCUUCCAGAUUUUGAUUCUGAAGAUGAUAUUCCACUGGCAAUCUAUACUAGGCUUCAGGAAGGACUAGACUUGGCAAAUGAUUUGGAAGGUUUUCUCCAAAUGGAUCAAAAUGUUUUCACUGAGGACAACAAUAUAGAAAUUCAAUUUGACCAACAAGAUGAUACUAUGGACAUAAGUGAUUCCGAAGAUGAAUUUUCAGAAGAAAUAUGUGAGCCUAUAACAUGAUAUGAUGAGGCUUUAAAACUUGUUGCGGGCUUGAAACAAUUUGCAAAAAAUGACUAUGUAGCUUUCCAGCACAUUAAAAAUAUCGAGAGUCACUUUGAGAAUGAGCAUUUUAAAUUAAAGCAAUCAAUGUUUAAGCAAUCAAGCAUUACCGAAUUUUUUCAAUCAAACUAGUAUUGAAAUGUGAAACUUGUACAAUGUACUUAAUCGAUAUAUGUACAUAUAUGUAUUUAUAUGUAAUACUAAAGUAUGCAAAUAUUGUUUACUUCCAAAAAUUUCUUAAAUAAACUAUGUACAAUACAAUUUAUAUGUGUGGUAUAUAUUUUGUGACUUCAUCCCUUAUAAGCGGACAUCUCCCAUAGCCGGACAAAAACACUGCGACGGUGAGUGUCCGGUUAUAAGGAAUUUCACUGUAUAUGCAUUCUUGUACUAUAUGUACUUAUAUUAGCGUGUGCGGAAGGGAUAGUUGCCGACGGUUUGGCAGACUGUUGACAGAUCAGUGCCUAGUUGAGAUCCACUAACAAUCGCAAUUAAAUCCGUAUCAUGUAAUUAAACACAUCACAGCAAUAACUUUAAGAUAUGUAAUAACUUAAUCCAAUUAAGAUUUAUGCCUAGUUUUGACA